AUGAAUGAUGGAGGUUGGACUCUAUUGAAUGAAAUUUUGUACUUGGAAUCUCUCCUUAGCUCUAUUCCUCUCCCUAGUGCUAGUAAUCUUCUCUCUGCUGAUUUGACAACUUAUACACAAAAACCAAUAAGAUUGACAAGUGUCAUUUCAUCCAACUUAUUGAAAGAUUUUAAGGGAAGUUUCAAUACUGUCAAGGCUGGUUUUGGGUUGAGAUGUAGUGUGGGAGCUGAUGAUCCAACCAUGGAUCCUGUUCUGAACUAUUUGUGCCAAAUCAAUAAUAGAAAUGGAUUGAAUACUUAUGUUGCUGCUACCUUUAGUUCAUAUGUAAAAUAUUGGCUUUAUUAA